AAAAACGACACUAGUACUGAAGUAGACUCUGUAGGUGUAUUUUUGUGUUUUGCGGAGGAAUGUUAUGACGUGCAACGAUUGUCUUUGUUUUAAUAACACUCGUCUAGUUUUACGUUAAAAAAGGAAUACCAGUAAUGAUGUGAUAUAUUGUAUUCGUUAGGCAGAAAUACAUUCAUAUUGCAGUAUGAAUUUUUCCAAAGCAUGAUUGUGCCAAUAGCAGUUAUUAGCAUAGUUAGGUGUUCAUAUUGGUUAAGUUGUGUGAAUGUUGUGCCAAUAAUGAGAUAGUGUAGUGUUGUGAUGUGGUUGUGGGACAUGUGGGGCGUGCUGUGCGCCAUGGAGGCCGUGGCGCAGCUGGUGGCGGUUGUGGCGUCACCCCUGGAGUCUACGCCGCCGUAUCCGCAAGGGUUGUCGCUGACGCCGUUUGUGAGGCACUGGCAGUCCAUCGCGUACGAGCCGCUAAGUGGACACCGGCACCGCCGCGCCGCGCCCCAGCACCCGCCGUCCCCGGAGCCGCUGCGACUGUCGUUUCGGGCCCACAACAGGGAUUUCAAGUUGGUGCUGAGACCAGACCCGAGUUCGGUGUUUGCGGAUGGCGUCCAAUUCCACUCAUCCGCUGGCCAGGUGGACUACAACACAGGGCAAGUCUAUUCGGGCAAGCUGGAAGAUGACGACUCAUCUCACGUGUACGGCGUCAUUACAUCUGAUGGUCUCUUCGAUGGCACAAUUUGGACACCGACUGAAGAAUAUUACAUCGAACCUUUGUCGCGUUACAACGUAGAUCACCCUUCUAUGCACAGCGUCAUCUACCGGAGAUCUGACGUAGAUACCCCGCAAAACAGCGAUGCGACUCCUUGCGCCUCACAUCUCCUCCACAUCAAAAGAACGAUGGGCCACAAGGGCGAAUUAUUUAAUUUCACCGACCAUCGAAAUCCAGAAGAUCUAACUUUAAACAAUUAUACAGAAGAUUUACGUAGCGAAAUAAACAGACGCAAAAAACGAUGGCUCCCCGAAGACGAAAUGCAAGACGACGAGCCAAAGAAGAAUCCCGAAUUACCUUUAGAUUUAGAUUUUCCGUACACAAGUAAUAGCGAUCCGUUCGAUAAGUUCAGCACUAGGAAACCGAAAACCAAAAUUGAUAAAAGUAACCUCAUAACUAAAGUCCGACUCGAUUCUGAAGAAUCUAGACCGAAGCCAAAGACGCACGUAGAAGUGAUAAAAACGAAAGCAGGUGUUGUAACAGUUAGUAAAGAUAUAGUUAAGAAGGAACCAGUCGGGUAUACGGUGCUAUCAGCUAAUGGCACUGAUGACGGACGCCAUGUUAACAAAAGAGCUACAGUGGAUCCGAGAAAGACCACUUGUCUUGUUUAUUUACAAGCUGAUCAUAUGUUCUUUCAGCGAUACGGUUCAGAAGAAGCUUGCAUAGAAGUUAUGACUCGUCAUGUACAAAAAGUUAAUGCAAUUUACAAAGUAACAGAUUUCAAUCAAGAUGGAAAACCAGAUAAUAUAACUUUUAUGAUCAAAAGAAUAAAAGUGCAUACGUUAGAUGCAUUAAAAGAUCCUGCUUAUCGGUUUCCUAACAAUUACGGUGUAGAAAAAUAUUUGGAACUUUUUUCAGAGGAAGACUACGAUGCUUUUUGUUUGGCGUAUAUGUUUACAUACCGGGACUUCGAAAUGGGCACAUUAGGAUUAGCGUGGACUGGUGAUCUGAAAAAUGCAGGCGGCGUGUGUGAAAAAAAUGGGCAUUAUCGUGGUAGUAUGAAGUCACUAAAUACUGGCAUCGUGACACUCUUGAAUUAUGGGAAACACGUGCCGCCAGCAGUGUCUCAUGUCACACUCGCCCACGAGAUCGGACACAACUUUGGAUCCCCGCACGACCCUGAAGUGUGUACCCCAUUCGGUGAAGACGGGAACUACAUAAUGUUCGCGCGCGCCACCAGCGGCGACCGUAAGAACAACAACAAGUUCUCUCCGUGCUCACUCAGAGCAAUCGACCCGGUGCUCAACAACAAGGCCAGGUCAUCCAAAGGUUGCUUUACAGAACCACAGCCGGCGAUCUGUGGAAAUGGCGUGGUGGAAGAAGGCGAGGAGUGCGACUGUGGCUGGGCCUCCGAGUGCACGGACGUGUGCUGUCGCCCGCAGGCCGCCCGGCCGCACUAUAAACCUUGUACGCUCACGGAACAUAGUGUUUGCAGCCCUAGCCAGGGCCCGUGCUGCACGGCGUCGUGCACGCUCAAGUUCGGCGACAAGUGUCGCUCGGACAACGGAUGUCGAGACGCCGCGCACUGCGACGGCAAGCGCGCCGCCUGCCCCGCCAGCCGCCACAAGCCCAAUCGUACCCGCUGCGACAAAGAGCUCGUCUGCUACAUGGGAGAGUGUACCGGCUCGAUAUGCCUGGCGUACGGGCUGGAGUCGUGCCAGUGCGCGCCGCGCAAGGACGACGCGCGCGCCGCGUGCGAGCUGUGCUGCCGCAAGCCGGCCGGGCCCUGCCUCUCCUCCUUCCAGUGGAACACGCCGCCCUACGACGUGCCCGACAUGUACGCCAAGCCCGGCACCCCGUGCAACGACUAUAACGGUUACUGCGACGUGUUCCAACGAUGCCGCGAGGUGGACCCGUCUGGGCCGCUGGCGACUUUGCGCAAGCUGCUACUAUCUGACGAGAGUAUCGCCGGCUUCAAGCGCUGGAUGCUGAGACACUGGUAUGCGGUGCUGAUCAUACUGCUCGCCGUCAUUGUAUUACUGUUUACAAGCACCCGCUUCCUGGGCCGACAUGGUAAAAAAUUGAAGUCUGUGACCAUCAUACACUCAUCCACAACUGAAACCGUCCGUCUGCCCGAUACUAACGACCAGGGACUGAUCGUGCAUACAGCUGUUAGAUCAAAAUUACCUCUUAAGAAAAAAGUUGCAUUGCGUACGAGGGCUUAUCGCAACAAGAAGGAUCUCAAGAAGCAGGGAGACAAAGCAUCGCCCUCUCAUAACGCUAAUAAAAAGAGGAAGCCAAGUGCACAACCUAAACCUGAAGAAAGUCAUAAAGUCACAAAAGAAAACACAGCAAUAGUUACGAACGCCGAAGGGAAAUCUCCGAAACACGUUAUUUUAUCUAAACAUAAAGGAAAAGUUAAAAAACGCAAAACAAAAAUGAAGAAAGAAACAAUCGACUAUAGUUCUAUGCAAAAACACCCCUCUUCGCCCACUAAAGAUACUGAGGCUUUAACGAAAGUACAGAAAUGGCUUUUGAGUACACCGCAGCCCAAUGUUAUUCCUAAAUCUAAAUCAAUUCCGUUAGGCCUCACAGAAAGAGCUCACACAAAUAGGCAAGUUCAAAAAGGCACACGAAAAACUAGACCGUCCAAGAGUGCAACCAAUCUUCUUUCUGGAGAAAAAGCCCGACUUCAAGUUGUAUUUAAACCACCAUUCAGAUUUAGUGUCAAAAUAUGCAAAAGUGAUAAAACAAAAAUAGUUCUAGACAAAUCAUCUAAACCUGACGUAGACAGGAAGCGUCAUGAAGUUCAGCCACAGCAAACUUGUGCUACUGACCUCUCGAAAUCGAAUCCAUCCAACAAUAAAACGCCGAAGCAUUCGAAUUCCACGAGAAAUGCAGAAAAUAUUCCCAGUGUCCCUAAAAUAGAAAAAACACAAAAACAAGAAAAUGUAGAUCAUGGUUAUGCCAAUUUGUUACCUAGAAGUGCCAGUGAUUGUAAAUUAAUGAAAAAAAUAUCCGAUACGAAAAUUCGUAGUGGGCACAAAAAGAGCAACUCCGUAGGACAAAAGAAUGAAACGACAGAAAGUCGUCAGAAUCUCAUAUCACAUGAGGACAUGGACAACGCUCAUGUGUACGAGAAUAUACUCUUGUCCCAAGACGCGUUUGUUCCAAAGAGCUGUAGCAUGCCGCGACGACAGACGAGCGUUGGAAUAUCGCGACAGAGCAGCUACGGCCACCUACCUCGCGCCCAAAUCCGCCCACAUAGACAUAGUACAAACAACUUGAGCCGGUCUAGAAAUAACAGCAAUAGUGAGCUCGACCACUUCUAUAGCGUUAUAGAAUCGUUACGAAAAAAUAAUACGAAUGACGUAAACAAAUGUAACACUAAUUCGAGCAGUUCCUCGGGCAGUAGUCGCCACGAAGGAAUACUGCUGAAGGGCGGGUCUAGUUCUCGCCCGGUGGCUCAAGGGAGCAGAACGCGACAGAAUAGUCUAGUCGAUAAACCGUCACGUUCUAGUCCUAUCGAAGCCAAUAACAAAUUAAAAAGGCAAUUAAGCGAAAAAGAACUGGGUCAAUCGCCUGUUGACGGUGGAGUAAGGGGCUUCCAGUUGGUUGUAGGAAAAGACAAACUGAAGCGACAACUGAGUGACAAUGAGUUGUGUAAAUCUCGUGUACAUAUGGCUAUGCCGAUGUCCGCUGGCGCUGAGCCGCGUCAGCCGUUCUGUUGGAAUAAACGUGCAAGUUUGGACUGCGAGGCUUCCUUGCCUGCAGCACCGCGCGUCAGCAACUCGCGAGCUAGUAAGAAUCGAACUACGUACACGUUCGGCGAACUCAAGAACACCGUCCCCAACGCCUCCGACUCGCCGCCGGGCGACGAACUCAUCUCCCCGGAAGAGUUCUUGAACAUUAUCGAUAAUUAAAACAUUCCAAUUGUAUGGUAACUUGAUGCUGUAAAGUUAUUAAUAUGAACAAUGAUUAUGUGUAUAAUAGGUAUCCGCAACGUGUAACAUGUCGGCUCGUGUAAAUAUUGUAAUUUGCUUUUAAUAUUAGAAUAUAACCAGCCACUGAAACAGGCCAUUGCCCAGUCUUUAAAUACAUAAUAAUAGCUAUAAUAAGAUGUAAGUAUUAAAAUCUCAAGUCUUAUGAAUUGUAUCUAAUCGUGUAAUAAUUUAGUUGGAUAUUUUUUUUUCUACGAACGUGUACAGAUUAGUUACAAAAUAGGAUAUUUUACGAAACUAAGUCUCGAUAUCGCACAAUCAUAUCCUGGUCUCUAUUUUCCUGAAGUAAUGUUCGUAAGGAAAGUAUUUAACAACAUAACAAAUCGUCAUAGGUUAAUUUUCGUAUAAUGAGAAGAUCACGAGAUGUGGCAGCGACAGACAGGGACUGGCAAUGGUCUAGUUUCACUGAACGAUCUCUAUAAAUGAAUCUCUAUUUUUUCUACAUGCUAUGUAUUGUACAAAUUUACUCAUACCUGUGUAAAGUGUUCAUAUAAUAUUAUGUUAAUACUUUACCCCAUCGAUAUGUAUAGUGAAGGAAACCACCAGCUCCUAAUACAUGGAAAAUAAAUAGUCCUAGAUGUAAAUUACAGAAAUACCAACUCAAAAUUGGAAUUUUUUCUGUUAAUGAGAAUAUAAUAUUAAAGUAUUUCUGACUUUAUUAUAAUAGUCCAUAAAAUAUAAUGGUCCAAAUAAUAUCAAACCGAAAUUUUAAUUAUAAAGAUGCUGCUUCAGAAUUGAUUUCAUUCGAAUAUGUGUAUAUGUUUCAAGAGAUUUUAGCAAUUACUUUGCUUAUAUCUUCAAUUUACAUAUCGAUGGUUUUUAUUAUUUCAUUCCAUUAUUUCUAUUGAAAAUACAUACUAACAUAUUUUUUUAAUUUUAUAGUUUAUCGUUUAUUUAAAUGAUUGUCAAUUAAAAAGUCAAUCAGUUGUUGAACAAAAGUACACCAAACUAAGAGAAAAGUCAAGUAACAUUAUUAAUUAUGUAUAGUUCAUUAUAUGAUUCCAACUUUAGACGGUAAUGAAUUUUUUUUUAAACAACUAUUGUCGCAGUAAAGCAAACAGUUCGCCUUAUGUUAAAUGGUCAACCAUAGCCUAUGAACAUCUGCAAUAUCAAGUUGUCUCAUGUGCAUUAAUAUAUUGACUUCAUAGCCAACUUGAACUAACUUUAUUUUUAGAUCACUGAACUGAGUAGUCAAUUUAUGGCAUUAAAAAUGUUGCGUCAUUGCAGUAAACACAUUUAUACCUACUGUAAAUAAAAUUAAAAUAAGCUUAUGUCUGAUAAUUAAUAGAACUUAUUACUUCUAGCUAAGGUACUUAGGUACAUGCGAGAAUUUUAUUAAGGUAACCUACUCAUGCUACUCAAAAAUUUGGAAUCCUAUAUAAACUAUACAUAAGUUCAAAACAAUGAAUAAUAUUAAAAAUACUGUUUUAUCAAUAAAUAUUUUUCUAUAAAAUAUUGGAUUUAACAUGAACUAACAUACCUACUUACAAUAAAAUUACAUAGUUACAUAACACAUUUUGUAUUUAAAUUGAAUACUAAUUUUGUCAAGUAAUUUAUGUUCUGCAAUAUCUGGGAUAGAGUUUUCGUUAUUGAAUUUAUUAGUAUGACAAUAUAGUAGUGCAUAAUAGUAAUAAUUACCAAUAAACUAAUUGUUAAUACGCUGUCUAGGUGUUAGGUACAAAAUGAAAUAUGAAUUUAUAUUAUGUUCCCGCCUAAAAUUGUCUUUGUGAUACAUUUUUAUUUAAAAAAAAAAAGAAAUAUUUUUCUAUGGUUUCACAAAUAUUAAUUCCAAAGGGGCAUACCUACCUAUUUGUUAUCAUAAAAAAAAAAAAUAUAACACCAGAUUUUUCUGUCUCAGAUAUUAAAAGGAAUGUGUUCCAGUAUUUUAUGAGUCGUGCGAAUAUAUCGCGAAAGCUUUCCGGCUGUGGCACAGCGUUUAUGAGCUUUGUCGUAGGGAGGUAAGGGUAAAAAUAUAAAAGCUAUUGUAUAGAAACUCAUUUCUAAAACAAUACUAAAAGUAUUGGAGGUGUUACAAAUUUGUAUUAUCUGAGGAAUAUCUACCUACCAAUUUGAUAAAUUUAAUUAAAAUUGUAGGUAGAUGUUAUCUCACAUCUACUUACUACAAUUAUGUUUGACGUAGGUCUAUUAAAAUUCUUCCUUACUAUAUCUAAUUAAAUACGUGUUAUUUGUGUAUUUCAAAAUAAAUGUGAUUAGAUUCUAUCUAUUGAACUAUAAAAUGGUUUCGUAGUUUAUGAAGUAUUAAUUAUAUAAGAUUUUACAGGAUGUUUGAUAGGAUCUCUCCAAAUGAAUCUUAGUUCUACAACACUAUAAAUUUUUUCAAUACUAAUUGUAAACUCCGACUAUGAUCUCACUGUAUUAGUUCCAAGUGCCUUAUCAACAAAUUACAUUCCCUUCUACAUUCCAAAACUAAAAUAUAAUUUAUAAUAUUAAUAAAUUCGUUUGGUGUCUUGUAAUUAGGCAUUAUUCUUUAUUUAUUAUUUUUUAACGCUUUGAUUAAUUUGACAUGAUAGUGAUGAAUAUCGUACCUAUGUAUACAUCAAUUGCAGAAACACCAUUCCUCUGUACUUAAUUAGUCUGUGAUAGAAUAUGUUUUUACAGUAUACAGUAUUUGUUAUUUUUUAUUCAUGAAAUUAUCCUAUUUUAAGUAUUCUACUUUUCUGUUACUCUAAUAAUAUGAAUACAAAUUUGUAAUAAAUUCAUUUUCUAACAAUUUACUAUGUUUUUUCUGAAUUUUUUAAUAAUUAAAAUAUUCCAAAAAAUA